AAGAAAGAGUGUGGUGCUGAUGUGUCAAAUCAGUGUGAACCUCUGCCUUUUGAUGAGAACAAUAAAGCUUCUAGUAUAACUGACACUAAAUCACUCUUCUGGAAGACUCCAGAGAUAGCUCAGACUGUAGAAACCUACGUUACUGUUGUAAAGGGCCCAGAAUACUUUUGGUGUCAGAUGGCUGACCCAGAAAUUAUCAACUACUUAGAAAAAAAACUCCAGGAAACUGGAGAACUUGAAAUAAGCAGUGUGGAUGAGUUCAGAUCUAGUAUUAGAAGUGGUGAUAUUUGCAUAGCAAAGUAUAGUGAAGAUGGAAAAUUUUACAGAGCAAAAGUUAGCAGCAUAAAAGAUAACAACCUAACUGUCAGACAUGUAGAUUAUGGAUCUGAGGAACUUGUUGGCAGAGAGAUGAUUAGACAAAUUCCUGAUCAGUUGCUUACAAUACCUAUGCAAGCUUUUCCAUGCUGUCUAUCUGGAUUUAAUUCCCCAGAGGGUUCAUGGAGUAAUGAAGCAGAAGACAAGUUCUAUGACAUGACUGCAGACUAUGUACUAGCGGUCACAGUAUUGGAAAUACAAAAGGAUAACUCUUCUGAAAUUCCCUUAUCUGCUGUUAAAGUGGAAUGUAAUGAAAAAAACAUCAAUGAGGAGAUGAAAUGUUUUUGGAAAUAUAACACUGACACAGGGACACCCAGAGCAUGCCUGCAGGAGGUCCACCAGAGCCGCAGGACCGGCAAGUGGCAGGGCACCCCCCGUGUGGCGAAAUUCUAGAGCCGGCCCUGUUUGGCGGCAGGGGGCCCUUCCAUUCCGGGACCCACCGCCGAAGUGCCCAGAA